AUGGCAGCAAUCUUCCAACAUUUGAGAGGCUAUCACAAAGAAGAGAGGGGCAACCUGUUCUCCAGAGUAUCUGAGACAAAAACUGAAGCCAAAGCCAUUUCAAAGAGGCAUGUUCGUCGUGAUUGGCUGAUGAUUCCUGAUACAAUUGCAUUUAAUAUAUAUUCCUUAGUAAAUGAAGUGUCACCUAAAGUAGCCGAGUAUUUGUUUAAUGCUGUCCAAACACCAAUUAUUCUUGAAACAAGGAGCUUCCUGAUAAGAAAAACAGCUGAGCUCAAUAUACUGGCUGAACAACUGGGAGAAAAAUUAUCUGGAUUAUGGAAAGAAUCGAAAGAGUCAGCACAGUGA